GAAGGGCGGAUCCGGUUGAGAAAUUCUUAGUCGACGCGUCUCUUGCCUCCCGGUUCCUCGCCUCACAGCGCGAUAGGAGGGAGGGAGAGGAGAUAUGGAGAGAGGGGCGAGCCGAGCGCGGCAGAACGCGAUGAGGUCCGGGCUGGUGGUUGUGGGAGCCAUAGCGUUCGGCUACCUCUCCUUCCAGGUGGGCUUCAAGCCCUUCCUCGACCGGGCUCAGGAGGCCAUGGAGAUAACCCUCCCCGUCGACCGCGAAGCCGGCCAGCAAGAAGAACGACGGUCGCCGCCUUCCGAUACUACCAUCUCCUUCUCCCAAGAUGAAGAAGAUUUAGGGAGUGAUGCAUCAGGGGAGCUUCGUCACAUUCUUUUGCAUCUUGUUACCAAUGCCAUUUUGAGUCCACCUGUCAACUGUUGCAUAAGCUGCAUUGCUCCAUUGUAAAAGCUCCACUUCGGGCCAGUUCAAUGGCCAAAGAAGAAGGAGAAGAGGAGGAGGAGGAGGAGCAAGAAGAAGAAGAACUCGGUGCGGGCAGCCAAAUAGGUCUUUAUGCAUAAAAAUAAUUAUAAUUAGAACCAUGAAAAAUAUGUUAUAUGCGAUGGAUUGUUUUGGCUAGCUCGUGGAUACUAUGACACGUUAGUGUCAUGCUUUCCAGAUCAAAAUUGAGUAAUUAUAGAUUGUCCGGAUUGAAAAGUCUGAUACUAUGCACAAUAACUUAACUGUUCUGAGGGAACAUUUGGUCUUGGAGUAAUUUUGGAAGGAGGGAGCGGCGUUUAUACGAUGCCUCCUAUUGGCAGGAGGCUUUCUUGUUCCUCCAUUAUCUCCAUUAUUGUCUUAUAAGCUGAUCGCAUACUAAUUUUACGUGGGAUUUCUGAAGGAUGGAAUUAGACUAGCAUGAUUCUACUGAAGUUUAAAAUAUUGUUAAACUGAAAGUGUUCAUUUAGUGUUAAAGAAAUGACUUCCAUGAGUUUGGCAUGUAUCUCGUUUUGGUUAGUAAAGGAUUAUUUGCCAACUGCCUUGAAUGGUAAGCAUCUAAGCAGCGAAGUACUUACCAAAAUUACAGGAAACCUGUUUCCCACUCAACUAGAGUCUCACAGGAAACUAAAUUGGGAAUGAUGCGAUACUUUUGAGUAACUUUCUGAGAAUCUUGGAUUUGAAAAAAGAAGAAGGAAAUUUCUAUUAAUUGGGUUCUUGAUGAUAACGUAUGAAAAGGACAUGGCAAGGAGGGGGGAGAGGGUGGGAGGGAAGGGAAGAAAGUCUUAAGUAAAAAUUUCUCCUUGUAGGUCUUGAUAGAAAACCAUUGUGAUAAAUCAUAUCUUUUAUUUGUUUUCUUGUAGGAGAGUAAAUAUUAGCAAAAGAGGACUCCUUAUCAAUAUUCAUGAAUUAAUUUGUAGCUAUUUAUCAAAUUUCGCAACUCGAGAAUUCAGUGCAAAUCCAUUUAAAACUAGUUUACUAAUGGUUUUCCUAUGAUUCCUAUGCAUUUUUAACAUCCGUUUUGCAUAAUACUUUUGCUUUCUUUAUGAUCACAUUUCCCAUUUCCUACAUUAGGGUCUUUUAUUGACCAUCAUUUUCCAUUUCUUGGAUUUGCAUUGUUUCUUGCAUCUAUCUGCUAUAUUAUAGUGAGAACUCUUAGAGUUGGGCACAUGGAGCACUAAAGGUGUGGAGCCUGUGCUCUAAAUAUGUAGGAGAAAACCCAAUGUGCAUCUCACCAUAUUCCUCUUUUCUUUUUUGGGUUUUAUCCUUUCUCAUCGUUCCUCUUUUCUUUUUUGACAUCUCGAUCAACUUAUCUUUAUCUCUCAAUAAAUUCAGUUUUUCUUCUUUAAGGAGUUCUGGAAAAGAAGUAUAAAAAUAGAUGAUAACUGCCACUAUUUCUAGGAUUUUCAAUAUAUAUAUGCUCUCACGUGCAUACCACAUGCCAAAGACCUGUUUCCUCUAAUGGCAACUAUGAAAUUUACACCCUCCCCCUUCAGAGGGCUUUCUUGCCUCUACCAUAACAUCCUUUCUUCAUUAUUUCACUGAGUAAUGGAAUGAUUGGGUUUUUUUUUUAUCUGCACCUGUUCUUGUAAAAACACAAUAAUGGUUCUUAUGUAUUCGGUAGUGCAUCCUUUUCCUCAGCUCAUUCGUGAGUUAUCAACUCUACUCUUUAGUAGAUGCAGCACCAUUGUGCUUUUAUGCAUAUGGUGAUACAAAUCUUGCUAUGUGUGCAUCGCCUACCACACUGAAUUGUCAAAUCCAUCAAUCAAAACAGUUGUCAAACUGUAACCAGAAAAAAAAAAAAAAAGAGGGGUCCACUUCUCUAUCUGAUUAUUUUCCUAGUCUAGAUUGCAAUUGCUUUAGAACUAUCUUGCAUGACCAGAAGAACCCUCUUUUGAUAGCUUUAAUAUAUAUGAAUACAUGGACAGGCCUUAAAGGAACUUGUUAAGUUUGUUAAUGUGUUGUAUAUCCGUGAUACGGGAUCCC